ACAUACCCAGAAACCUCAAUAAAAGCAGCUUGUCUUCUUACAUUCUCUGCUCACUCCCCCUCUCCCUCUCUUUUCUCUUGUAGGGUCCCUCGCAGUCUGCAAGCCCAGCCACCUCUGCUGGGUCAUUUUUUUGAAACCUUCCCCUCCCAGCAUCUCUCAUUUCCAGCAUUCACCCUCCCGUCUCUCAGAUAGAUCCUCGUAGUGAUAUAGCUAGAUACAUAAUAUCGAUGGCCGAGGCCCCUGAAGACGUCGUAUCUUGGCUUCCUACUAAGGAAAAGUUACUCAUGGACAAAGAGAACUUCAACAAAAUUUGUUUCAACACUGAGUUGAAACCUAGCCUGAGCUUCUUUUCCGAGUUCCCUUACGAGUUUGACUCUCUCGCCUCGCCUUCCGCUCUCAGCUCCCCUGUAGAGUCCAGUAUGGGUUCCUCCACCGAGACAGAGAGCAGUGACGAGGACGACUUUCUCGCUGGGUUAACUCGGCGUCUUACUCAGCAACUAGCUGUCAAACCCGAGAAGUGGGUCAUGGCCGGGUCACCGGAAUCGACACUGAGUGGACUCAGAAGCUGGUCAGUUUCUAGCAACGGGAGUCCAAACGGGGUGUCGUCGCCGCCAACGACGCCGUUUGGUGCCAAGAAUGACACGUGGGAUCUGAUAUAUGCAGCUGCUGGUGAAGUUGCAAGGUUGAAGAUGAGCAAUAAUGAGGGCCAUAAGUACAAUACUAGUACUAACUAUCAAAGGAGUGGUUUACUGGGUACAGCUAGGACUCAGAAUCCAGGUCUCACUUCAGUCAAGAAUCAGCCUGCUGGGUUUUAUACUAGCCAUUGUAGCUCUACUCUUGGCCAUAAUACUUCACAAGUUAAUCAGUGCCAGCAAUUUUUGAGGCAAGAGCAACAGGCACUAAAGCAACAGUGCUCUUCAAUUUGGGAAAGGCAACAAGUGAAGACAAGCUGGCAAGCUCAGCCCCGACACCACCACCACAGCCACCACCACCAGAUCCAGAGCAGAGGCCCAAGUGCCGGGAAUGAAAAUGGGAGGUUUGUGCGUUCUCUCGGUCUGCCUCAAUCUGCUUGGCCUCCCCUUCAAGUACACGCACAAAAUCAACACUCUAACUCAGGAGGCACGAGGGCUGUUUUUCCAGGUGGAUCUGGUGUUAAGAGAGAGUGUGCUGGCACUGGUGUUUUUUUGCCCCGUAGAUAUAGCAACCCCCUUGAACCCAAGAAAAAAUCUGGUUGCCCAACAGUUAUGUUCCCAGCUAAAGUUGUUCAGGCCCUAAAUCUGAACUUUGACGACAUGGAUUUCAACGGCCUCGCUCAGCCACGGCUCAACAGUAAUGCUGCUUUUCCCUCUGAUUAUGAUGCUUUAAUGAUAAGAAGAAGUGCACUCGUGGCACAGCAGAAGCGAAAUUUACGGCAAGAGAGUGUGCUCAAUCAUGAAAUACGGCUGCCUCAAGAGUGGACAUACUGACCCAGUAAUCAUAAUGAUAGUGUUUGUUGGAUAAAGCAAGUAAAGUAUAGAAGUUUUAAGUUUUUAUAGGGAUUUAUGGUUCUCGCAAGGAAAGGAAACUCAAGAACGCGAGUUUAGUUCAAAAGGAAAUCAAUAAGAGUUCCAGGUUUUUUCUUUUUGGGAGACUGAACGAAGCUUUUGUGGACUAGAUUUUAGAUGAAGGUCAAAAGGAAGCCAUUUAAUGGUAGUGGUGGCGCUUCUAGAUAGAGGGGCUGUUCCUAAUUGGGUUGGGACUUGGGUUGAUUUUUACUUGAUGUGGUGAGAGAUUGGGUCUCUUCCUAAUUGGGUUCGUGUGUGGGUUGUCGGAGAGAAACCCAAAACUCUCCCUGUUGUAAUAUCCCUCGGCAGCUACUAUUAUAAAGUAAUAAAAUACCUUUACUAGUUUCUAUUAAAA